AAAUUAAAAAAAAUAAAUAAAAAAGCGCCAUGUAUACAACAAUCACUUCCAACGUAGUCUCAAAGGUCACAGCAGCAGCAGCAACAAUCAGAGCAACAAUGGAGUCUGCUAAAUCAAAAAAUCCCGAUAGCUACCAAAAUAUCUUGAUGAUGCGUCACGGUGAUCGCAUUGACAAAAUCGAUCCACUCUGGCUUGAUACAGCUGCGAGACCUUGGGAUCCUCCUCUCGUUCAAGACGGUAUGGUUCGUGCGUUUCAAACUGGUCAACGGAUUCGAUCUCAGAUCCAAUUUCCGAUUCACCGUGUCUUCGUCUCUCCUUUUAUCCGAUGUAUACAGACUGCUUCCGAAGUCAUCGCUGCUCUCUCCGCCGUCGAUUUCGAUCCUAACGCUACUUCGUCCAAAGACGUCACUUCAAUCGAUAAAUAUAAGCUUAAGGUUUCCAUUGAAUUUGGUUUGAGUGAGAUGCUGAAUUCAAUUGCUAUUAAGCCUGAGAUUGCUCCCAAAGAUGGGAAAUUCGAUUUCAUGAUUUCAGAACUUGAAGCGAUUUUUCCUGAUGGAAUGGUUGAUCAUAGUGUAGAUCCUGUUUAUAAAGAGAUGCCACAAUGGGAAGAGACUGUGGAAGGCUGCACAGAUAGAUUUCUUAGUUUGAUAAAGACUCUUGCUGAUAAGUAUCCUUCAGAGAACUUGCUCUUGGUCACUCACGGUAAACAAACACAUUAUGUUCUUAAGUCUUUUUGGAUCUUUUACACAUUCUUUCUGCUUUGUUUCUCUGGAGAGAACAUCUUCUUCUAAGGUUUUAUUAAAGCAAAGAGUCUAUGAAUAGUCCCUUUUAUCGAUCAAAUUUUGUGUUUGAAUGUCUCUUUGUUGAGAAAAUGCAGGGGAAGGAGUAAGGACUACAUUUGCAACCUUUAAAGGCGUACAUGUGUACGACGUAGAGUAUUGUGGUUGUGCUGAAUUGAGAAGACAGGUGUCGAGUAAAGAUGGGUCUACUAAAGCUGGAGACUUUGAGGUGAUCACAAGUCUUAGUCAAUGUGGAAUCAAGUACCAUUCCUUGAGCACCACAGACCAAACUUCUGCUUAAGUCAAUGAUGUUCCGGAUGAUCAUGGCACUAGUAAACCGGAAUCAAACCGGAUACUGGUUAUCUAGAAACAAUUCUGUAGAAGAUGAGAACCUUGCCGGAAUACUACAAUAGUAAUGUGUUGCUUCCGACAGAUUGGAGAUACGGUUUCGAAGAGAGAACUUCUUUUUAAGUGUUGUACCGGCGGUUGAAAAUGAUUUUGUUGUUUAUUAUUGAUUCUAAACGUAAUUUUGGGCAGAUACUAUUGAUUAAACUGAUUUUGCGUUUUUAUUUUUACAAUGUCAUGUGUUUUGAUGUCUUCUUACUUACUCUGUCUCCGACUAACCAAAAGCUGUAAACAAGACCGGCUCUUCAACAGGAAACAUAACCACCAAGUA